AUGUCAAGCAGAGAGUACUUAGAACAGCCUCCGGGCCCCGACGCCACCACUCCGGACGGCGAACCCCUCAAACAACGCACAGUGCAACAGCAACACAAAUCCGACAACUACCAAGCACAGCAACGCCGCGAAGCAGGCGAGCAAUCCAAUCGCUCGCGCUCAUCGUCGCGCCGCGAUCGGCGCAAGCGGAUACGACAGGCAAUGGACGACGGCAAGUACAUGAAGACGAACUCGCUCGAGGCGCUGGAGGAGGCGGAUGCGGCGGGCGAGCUGCAGGCGAUGCAGCCCUUUGAGCGCAUCGGGCCCGACUCGACGAGUAUGGAUGGGCCGGUGACGAUGGCGAGGGCGCAGAGGGGCGAGAUCCCGGUGCGGGGGUCGAAUCCGAAACAGCCGUAUUACAUGACGCCCGAGGCAUCGAAGGGGCUCAAAGAUCAAGAUGGCCUGAAGCUCACCCUCGAGGCAAAUCUGGAGAUUGAGAUUGAGUUGAAAGCGAGCAUUCGAGGGGAUCUGACAUUGUCACUGUUGUAA